AUGUCGUCGUGGAAAAAAGCCGCAAAGGCUAACCAAAAAACACAUCGAGAGCGGCAUCAACCAGAUUCUCGUAAACAUUUGGGAUUACUAGAAAAGAAGAAAGACUAUAAGAAAAGAGCAGAUGAUUAUCAUCAAAAGGGGGAAACGCUUAAGCUUAUACGUAAACGGGCGCUCGAUAAGAAUCCAGAUGAGUUUUACUUUCACAUGAUCAAUUCAAGGGUGAAGGAGGGAGUACACCAUGAGUUAGAAAAAGAUGAUGAGCACUCAGUAGAACAAAUCAAGUUGAUGCAAACUCAAGAUAUAAAAUAUAUCAAUAUGAAACGCACUAUCGAAAGUCGCAGGAUCCAGAGGUUACAGUCUCAGCUGCAUAUGACUGAGAUAGCAGACUCUACAUCUAACACGCACAUUUUUUUGAAAUCAAAUAGACCCCGCCUUUCAGACCUGAAUAAGUUAAACCUGCCAGAAAUUGAUGAGAAGAUACUCCAAUCAGCCAAGAAAGCUAAGGAACAAACCUACAAGGAAUUGUCGAAAAGAAUAGAUAGAGAAAAGCAUUUAACAGUGACUCAACAGAAAAUGGAACUUAAACGGCACCUCCAUGACGCUAAAUACAUGAAACCUAAGAAAGUACAGAGAGGUACAGCUGUAUCAGCACCAGUUUAUAAGUUUCAAUACAACAGAAAGAAAUAA